CACACCCUAGAUUUUCUUCCUUUUCUUUAUGAUAUCAAAUGUGGCAUCUUAGGAAUUCCAUUUGACUUUAUUGGUGGAUCAGGAGGAUAGGAUUUGAUUGAAGAAAAGAACCUCAGUUUGUGAUAGUUAGGCAUUCUGUCGUCUUCCCAAAUUUUGAAAGAUGCUAAGCCAUGAAUCCUCUUUUGGUUCUGUUUUUGGCAGCUAAGAAAGCUCACUAUGCCGCUAGAGAUCCCAUCUCAGCAUUGAUGACAUACAUGUUUCAGAACAAACUGGUGAACGAAUCUGAAUUGAAGGCAAUCGACAAGAAGAUAUAUGAGUUGGUCGAGGAAGCUGUGGAGUUUGCAGACGAGAGCCUUGUUCCAAAUCGCAGCCAGCUGCUGGAGAAUGUGUUUGCUGAUCCAAAGGGCUUAGGAAUCGGGCCUAAUGGACGGUACAGAUGCGAGGACCCCAAGUUCACCCAAGGAACAUCUCAGGUCUAAGAUGGGAGACUGCCACAUCCGUCCACUAAACACAUCUUACUUCA